GUUUAUGAGAAAAGAAAAAAAAGAGUUUCCUUUCUAGAGCUGGAGAUCUGAUGCCAAUGUACUGUACUCAAGGACAGCAUCUGCAAACUGAAACGAGUGGCAGGAAAUGCACCAAUGCAGGAGGCGUCAGGCAGGCCCGGAGCCCCGGACAGGAAGGACAGCAUGCGAUGCAACGGACCACGGUUCACGAGAGGGACUUGGUUCCCCAGCGCUCGGUCCCCAGCGCCACCACGUCGUGCACUCGUGUUCUGGACGCAACCGCCGAGCACGCGCCGCGACGUGGAACACCCCCGCGCCGCGCAGCACCAUAGAACGCCAGACACCGAGCCGCUAGGUAGCGCUGGACGGGCACGAGAGGCGAGCAACCCAGAGGCAGCACAUAGGAUGGCAGACGCUGACAUCGCCGCCGUGGCUGCCGCCGCCGCUGCCGAGGCCCCAGCGCAGCCGCUGGCGGGGCGCGUGGCCAUCGUGACCGGCGCGUCGCGGGGCAUCGGGCGCGCCAUCGCGGCGCACCUCUCCUCCCUGGGCGCGAGCCUCGUGCUGGGCUACGCGUCGCGCGCCGACGAGGCCGACGCGCUCGCCGCGUCGCUGCCCCGCGCCGUGGCCGUGCGGGCGGACGUCUCCGACGAGGCCGGCGCGCGGUCGCUCUUCGACGCGGCCCAGUCCGCGUUCGGCGGCGCGGGGGCGCACAUCCUCGUGGCCAACGCCGGCGUGCUCGACGACAGUUACCCCGCCGUGGCGGGCACCGCCACCGAGUCCUUCGACCGCGUCGUCGCCGUGAACCUGCGCGGCGCGUUCCUGUGCCUCCGCGAGGCGGCGAACCGCCUCCCCCGCGGCGGCGGCGGGCGGAUCGUGGCCGUGACGUCGUCCGUGGUGGGCAGCCUCCCGGAGGGGUACGCGGCGUACACGGCGUCCAAGGCGGCCGUGGAGGCGCUGGUGCGGACGAUGGCCAAGGAGCUCAAGGGCACGCGCAUCACCGCCAACUGCGUGGCACCGGGGGCCACGGCCACGGACAUGUUCUUCGCCGGCAAGAGCGAGGAGAUGGUGCGGCGCAACGUGGUGAACAACCCGAUGGAGAGGCUCGGGGAGCCCGGCGACAUCGCGCCGGUGGUCGGGUUCCUCUGCACCGACGCCGCCGAGUGGGUCAACGGCCAGGUCAUACGGGCCAACGGCGGCUACGUGUGAAUGUGUGAUUCGUCCAUCAUUUCGAUGUUGUGGAGUACGGCACUUUGUUCCUUCUUUGCGUUCCAUCUUGUUCUUGAUGCCUUCUUUGUCGCAGCACUGUGUUCUUGUUGUCUUCAAACCUAGCAUUUUCUUUAGCGUAUGGGUGAAUUUCAAUGUGUAUUGAGCGCGACUUCAGAUCUCUCUCUUAGCUUGGCCGGUUGGCCCCC